AAUCGCAUUGCAGGCCGGUCGGCCUUUCUCCCAGAACGCUCUCAUUUCAGCUGGCAGCAUGGGCAACGUGCUUGGCUGGUCCCACAAGACGCUCGAUGAGCGCGUCUGGGACGCUGCCCGCGCCGGGGACGUCGCGACCUUGACCGCCUUGGCGCCAACGCAUAGCAACAUUGAGUUUCGCGACCUUCGCGCUGGCCGAACGCCAUUCACGAUUGCGUGUGCGCAUGGCCACGUCGCCGCCGCGCAGUGGCUCCACGCCGCCGGCGCCGACGAGUACGCGCGCGACUACGACGGCAACACGCCGCUGCACCACGCCUGCCGCACGGGCCAGGCGCGGGUGGUGCAGUACCUUCUGUCGCUGCCCGAGUUUUCGCCGUAUGUCCUCAACGCCAAAGGCGACGCACCGCUCGAGGUUGCCCGGCGUACGUUUCAGGAGCGCGAAGGCGACAACGACGAUCUGCGUCUCAUGGCACUCGCGCGUUGCAUCGAGCUGCUCGAGCAGCGCUGCUCCGUGUACAGUGGCUGGGUGUUUCAGCGCGUCGAGACGUUCUUGUCGCAGCUCACUGGCAUUUCAGCGCUUCAAGCCUGGACGCGACGCUAUUGCAUUGUGCUGCGGACAAGCUCGUCUAUGUUUCUCGAAGUCGCGCUCUUUGCAGUGCCCGACGCCGCGCGCCGCCCACCGGUCCCAAGCGCAUCGCUGCUCGUGCAUGUGACGGCGGACGAGCCGUGCAUCCGCCCGAACAACCCCUCGUUUUGGUCGGACUUGAACCCCAAACCCUUUGGGUUUGACCUCCGCGGCGCGCAGAAAGUCGGGUCGAGCCGCACCCAAGCGCUGUGUCACUUUUCUUUUGCGGCGCUGAGCGAAGACGGCGCGGCCAAGUGGCUUCGCUUCUUUGCCCACGACGCGCGGGACUGCCUCCAAGACGCGCUGGUCUCGCCGACGCGCCAGUUCAAUUCACACGAGCUCGGACGGGCCAAGGUCUACCCAGAGCCAUCGGCGCCCCCGCUGCCCUCGGUCGAGAUUGCGCAACCUGUUGUUUUUACAAAAGCGACGCUGCGCCCGCGCGUGCUCGAGUGCGUGGUGUGCUUUGACGGCCCGCAAGCCGCCGUCUGUGUGCCCUGCGGCCACAACGUGCUCUGCAUGCGCUGUGCCAUGUCGUUGCUCGAGACGACGCACGUGUGCCCCGUGUGUCGUCUCGAGAUUCGCGAAGUCGUCAAGGUCUAUCGCAACUAGUUGUCUUCUAAUUUAACUCGUCGUUGCCGACCUCGAACCUUUGAUCCUUGGGUCGAGUCGUGCUCGGGUCAUCGCUAUAUCACCAAGUAAGGAUACCUCUCGGGCUCUCUGUACGCAGCUCACUCCGAACGAUCAAGUGCUGGUGCGAACUCCCAUGCACUCAGGCGUAGCGCUACGCAUGCAAAGUCGUGUAAUAACAAAAUAUACGCGGACUCUGACGUCAUUGUCGCUGGGUCCAUUUGGC